AUGACUAAAUCUUCACUUUAUGGUUUUGAGGAUACUUAUGAGGAGUAUGUCGAAUAUAUUGGUUUGCGUCACAUUAUGGAUGGUGAAACUCUGUCUAAAUGGAGAAAUAGGAUUUGGGAUCGCCUAAUGUAUUUUCGAAAUAAAAAAUACUAUACAUAUGGUGAGAAAGAUUAUUUCUGCGCUCGCAAAGCUUUGCCCGUUGAUGGACAAAAAUUAUUCCAAAAUUGUGGAAUGGCUAUCUGUUACUCGUGCAAUAAAGUUGUAUAUCUUGGAAUAGAACACUUGUCAGUUGGUGAAAGAUCUGUUUAUAACGGAUUGGAGGGUAAGUUCAUAACUGAGGAAUUCAGAAAUAUUAGCUUUGAUGAAGCGCAUUUAGGUAUGUAUCAACAUUGGGCCGGAGCUUGUACUGGAAAUAAGUUUUGCAAACUGAAUUUCGAAGAAUAUAUGGAAAUAAAACAGCUGAUCCCAUUUGACAAGUGGAUGGCAUUCCAUCAAUAUGAUUUGCAAAUGAAUCAAUUUGGUAAAUUCAGACGCAGAGAUCCAUAUACUUUUAUAUCUUAUAAUAAUUAUAUUAAUGAUAAAUUCGGCAUUCACGCUGAUAAUAAACUAUAG